AUGGCGCCGGAUCAUUUAGAGGAAGAAGACGACGGCACGAUGCCUACUCGUUUUGAAUUUCAAACGACUAUAAGCCGCCUGGAAACGGUGAUAGCUGACCAGGUUCGCCUUGCCAUUCAACCUCUCUUUGAAGUCAAUCACCUCCACCCUCUCCGAAGGAAUGAUCAGAGGAAAGAGGAAGAUGAGGAACUUCAUCACCUCUUGCCAGAUGUAGUCAAGAAUGACGACUGGAGAGGAAACUUGAGGAAUCAAGGCAGACAUAAGAGGCAAAAAAGAAGCCACGUGAUCAAGAAGAGGGAUAAAACCAUUUCUUGCCAAGGGGGGGAUUUCCAUGAAGCGAUUCACAUGGCGGAGGAAACAUGCAAGUGCUUGGAGUGUGGAAUGAACUUCUCAGAUCAAAUGCAGUAUCAUAUCCAUUUACAAAUGCACAGUGGAAAGAAGACCCAUCAAUGCCUGGAGUGUGGGAAGAGCUUCCUUUGUAGAGCAGAACGAAUUAGACAUCUAAGAACACAUACAAGAGAGAAACCUGAUAGCAGUUUACAUUGUGGCAAGAGCAUCUCAGAGAAAUCAGACUUUGUUCAUUUAGGAGAGAAAACAUCUUCUUCAGAGGGUGGGAUCACAUUCUCUGAUAGAAAAAGGGGUAAUAUAAAUCUUUCAAAGGGCAGCAUAAUGAAGGCCCAUAAAUCUUUUCGGUGUGGAAAGGACUUAAAACACAGAUCACAGCUCCUUGUGCACAAAAGAAUCCAGAGAAUGGAGAAAUGUUCUGAGUACAUAGAGGGUGGAAAGAGGUUGAGUCGGAGUGGUACUCUUAAAGACCAUCAAAGAAUGCACACGGGGGACAAACCUUACAAAUGUCACAGUAGACAACUUCAGUACCAUCAGAGAACCCACAUAGGGCAGAAACGUUUUGUGUGCUCAGAGUGUGGAAAGAAAUUCAGUCAGAGUGGCAGUCUUCAAUGGCAUCAAAGAACCCACACAGGGGAGAAGCCUUUUGAAUGCUCAGAGUGUGGAAAAAGAUUCACUUGGAGUGACAGUCUUCAAUAUCAUCAAAAAAUCCACACAGGGGAGAAGCCUUUUGAAUGCUCAGAGUGUGGAAAAAGAUUCACUUGGAGUGACAGUCUUCAAUAUCAUCAAAAAAUCCACACAGAGCAUCUUCAAGGACAUCAGAGAACCCACACAGGGGAGAAACCUUUUGAAUGCUCAGAGUGUGGAAAGAAAUUCAGUCAGAGUGGCAUUCUUCAACGGCAUCAAAGAACCCACACAGGGGAGAAACCUUUUGAAUGCUCAGAGUGUGGAAAGAAAUUUCGUUAUAGUGGCCAGGUUCAACGUCACCAGAGAACCCACACAGGGGAGAAACCUUUUGAAUGCUCAGAGUGUGGGAAAAGAUUCAGUGACAGUGGCAACCUUCAAAAGCAUCACCGAACCCACUCAGGGGAGAAACCUUUUGAAUGCUCAGAGUGUAAAAAGAGAUUCAGUCAGAAAGGCGGUCUUCAGGUGCAUCAAAGAUCCCACACAGGGGAGAAACCUUUUGAAUGCUCAGAGUGUAAAAAGAGAUUCAGCUGGAGUGGCACUCUGCAACAGCAUAAAAGAACCCACACAGGGGAGAAACCUUUUGAAUGCUCAGAGUGCGGAAAGAGAUUUCGUCAAAGUGGCACUCUGCAACAGCAUAAAAGAACCCACACAGGGGAAAAACCUUUUGAAUGUUCAGAGUGUGGAAAGAGAUUCCGUCUGAGUAGCUAUCUUCAACAACAUCAGAGAACCCACUCAGGGGAAAAACCUUUUGAAUGUUCAGACUGUAGAAAGAGAUUCAGUCGGAGGAGCCAUCUUCAAGAGCAUCAAAGAACCCACACAGGGGAGAAGCCUUUUGAAUGUUCAGAGUGUGGAAAGAGAUUUAGUCGGAGUGGCACUCUUCAAGAGCAUCAAAGAACCCACACAGGGGAGAAACCUUUUGAAUGCUCAGAGUGCGGAAAGAGAUUCAGUCUCAGUGGCACUCUUCAAGCGCAUCAAAGAAUCCACACUGGGGAGAAACCUUUUGAAUGUUCAGAGUGUGGAAAGAGAUUUAGUCAUCAUGGCAGUCUUCAGUUGCAUCGAAGAAUCCACAGAGGGGAAAAACCUUUUGAAUGUUCAGAGUGUGGAAAGAGAUUCAGUCAGCGUGGCAAUCUUCAGUGUCAUCAAAGAACCCACAGAGGGGAGAAACCUUUUGAAUGCUCAGAGUGUGGAAAGAGAUUUGGUCGGAGUGGCACUCUUCAAGAGCAUCGAAGAACCCACACAGGGGAGAAACCUUUUGAAUGCUCAGAGUGU